GCGCGGUGGCCUCUGGGAAACUGAGUCCACGCUGUGAAUCAUUCAAGCCUCCCUCAUUCCCUUGUACUGCGACGCUAACAAGAUGCCGGCCGUUCAUCACAAGCUGCUGCUGGAGGACGCGCUGCCGGACAGUCCUCAGACUCGCUCUCUGCUCAGUGUGUUUGAGGAAGAUGCCGGGAUGCUCACAGACUACACCAACCAGCUGCUGCAGUCCAUGCAGCGGGUCUUUGGAGCUCAGAGUGAAAUGGGUCUGGCCACAGAGCAGCUCUCAAAGCAGCUGCUGGAAUAUGAGAAGAAAAAUUUUGCCCUUGGAAAAGGUGAUGAGGAGGUAAUCACCACGCUGCAGAGCUUCGCCAAAACUGUAGUGGAGCUGAACUCGCUCCACUCAACGCUAGCCAACCAGAUGGCUGACAGCAUGGUCUUCCCCUUGAUCCAGUUCCGAGAGAAGGACCUCACAGAGAUAAGCACACUGAAGGAAAUAUUUGGCAUCGCCACUGAUGAGCAUGAGGCAACUAUGGUGAAGUACAGCCGACUGCCCAAGAAGAAGGAGAAUGAGAAGCUGAAGACAGACUUGGUGAAGGAAGUGGCUUACACUAGAAGGAAGCAGCACCAGGCCUCACUGCAGUAUUACUGCGCCCUCAACGCCCUGCAGUAUCGCAAGAGAGUCGCUAUGCUGGAGCCCAUGUUAGGCUACACACAAGCACAGAUCAGCUUCUUCAAGAAAGGCAUCGAGCUGGUGUCGAAGAAGAUGGACAACUUCCUUUCUUCUGUGUCCACCAUGACACAAAGUAUCCAGGCCCAGCUGGACACGGAGGCGGAGGCCAUGCGUGCGUCCCAGAGGGAGCUCCUCUCAGUGGAGGACACUGUCUACAUGCCAGAUAAGGACACUGAGCCUGUCAAUCGCACACUUAUCCAGAAGGCCGGCUACCUAAACAUAAGGAAUAAAACCGGCCUGGUGACCACAGCCUGGGAUCGACUGUUCUUCUUCACCCAGGGAGGGAACCUCAUGUGCCAGCCGCGGGGGGCGGUGGCCGGGGGCAUGGUGCUGGACCUGGACAACAGCUCUGUCAUGGCUGUUGAGUGCGAGGACAGACGCUACUGCUUUCAGAUCACCUCCCCCUCUGGCAAAACGUCGAUGAUUCUGCAAGCGGAGAGCAAAAAGGAGUAUGAAGAGUGGAUUUGCACCGUGAACAACAUCUCCAGACAGAUCUACCUGACUGAAAACCCAGAGGCUGUGGCCAUUCGACUGAACCAAAGUGCCAUCCAGGCAGUCACGCCCAUCACCAGCUUUGAGAAGAGACAAGAAGGCUCUCCUAACCCUGACAGAGCGAAGCCCGGCGGUGUAAACGCUGGCAGCAGUGGUUCUCUGAAGACGGGGGCUGCUCCUGAACCAGAGGACCUAAUCGCCCCUGGUACACCCAUUCAGUUUGAUAUCAUGCUCCCAGCCUCUGAGUUUCAAGACCAGAACAGAGCUGGAGGGAGACGCACAAAUCCGUUUGGAGAAACGGACGAUGACUGUUCAACAGAAAGUGACGCAGACUCCCUCCUGCAACAGGUGUUUGCUGUGCGCUUCCUGGGCUCCAUGGCGGUUCGUUGUGGCGACAACCAGGAGGUGAUCUAUGAGGCCAUGAGGCAGGUGCUGGCCGCCCGAGCCAUACACAACAUCUUCAGGACCACAGAGUCGCACCUCAUGGUCACCAGCAGCAGCCUCAGGUUGAUUGACCCUCAGACUCAAGUUACAAGAAUAAGUUUCCAGCUUGGAGAGGUGUGCCAGUUUGCAGCCCACCAGGAGAACGGGAGGCUGAUGGGAUUUGUGAUCGAGGGCAGAGACUGGAGUGACGGAGAUGAGGAGGGAGCGCCUUCCUUCAGCGCCUUCGUGUUCGAGAGCAACACAGAGGGCGAGAAGAUAUGUUACACCAUCAGCUUGGCCAAGGACAUUACAGAAGCCAAGAAGGACCCCGAGGCUCUGGCUCAGCUGAUGAAGAACAUGCCGCUGACCAAUGAUGGCAAGUUCCUUCUGCUGGAGCCCGAGACGGACGACAUAACCAACGGAGCCGGACAAGAAGACCUGGAGUCCGAGGCCUAGUCAGAGGAAAGGGGCCUCACGGGCUUAUUUGAACCAAGGAGAGAGAAGACUUUCCCUGGAUGAACAUUUCAUCAUGACCCCGCCCCCCCUAACAGCUACUGUAACCCCCAUAUUAAAAGUGUA